GAACCUAUGACCAUAUGACAAUAAACAGUGUGGGACAGGGGGCGGUCCUGCUGAUGUGGAGCGGAGGUGGAGUUGGAGUCAAGUCGGUACUGAGAGAUGGAGAGAUCAGCAAUGGAACAGCAGUACCCGAAGCCGGAGAUGGACCUGAGCCGGGUGGACGAUUACCAUGGGGUUAAAGUACCCGACCCCUAUGUCUGGCUUGAAGACCCCAACAGCGAACCGACCAAGGCAUUUGUUGAAGCCCAGAACCAGCUAACCAUGCCUUUCCUGGAAAGUUGCAGAGUCAGAAAGAGACUUCAGGAGCGCAUGACAGAAUUGUUUGACUACCCCAAGUACAGCUGUCCUUGCAGGAAAGGGAAGCGGUAUUUUUACUUCCACAACUCGGGGCUGCAGAACCAGCACGUGUUGUACGUCCAGGAUUCAUUGGACGCAGAUGCUCAGGUUUUCCUUGACCCCAACAAGAUGUCCGCAGAUGGGACUGUAGCCUUGAAGAUGUUGGCCUUCUCUGAAGACAAUGAGUACCUGGCGUAUGGACUCAGCAAAAGCGGCUCCGACUGGGCCACAAUCAAAAUCCUAAAGGUCGAAGGUCCUGAAGAUCUCCCAGACAUUCUGGAAAAGGUGAAAUUCAGCUGCCUGUCCUGGACUCAUGAUGGAAAGGGAAUUUUCUACAAUCGUUACCCAGAUCAAGAAGGAAGCAUGGAUGGCACUGACACCGCAUCCAAUAUCAACCAGAAACUCUACUACCAUGUGCUCGGCACCAGCCAGUCAGAGGACAUCCUAUGUGCGGAAUUCCUGGAUAAUCCCAAAUGGAAAAGUGCAGCUCAGGUUUCUGACGAUGGUUGUUAUGUGCUAUUAUCUAUUCGAGAGGGUUGUCAACCCAAGAACCGCAUAUGGUACUGUGACCUGCACCUGCUACCAAAUGGCAUAUCUGGCCUACUUCCUUGGGUUAAACUGAUAGACAACUUUGAUGCAGAGUACAGCUACCUCACAAAUGAAGGGCCUGUGUUCUCAUUCAGAACCAACCUCGAUGCUCCUCGCCACCGAGUCAUCAAUAUUAACCUGGAGCAGCCAGCUAUGUCACAAUGGAAGGAACUCAUUGCCCAACAUCAGAAGGAUGUCUUGGACUGGGCAACCUGUGUCAACGACAAGUUCCUGGUCCUGAAUUACCUCAAGGAUGUGAAGGACACCCUCCAACUGUACAAUCUUGCCACUGGAGCCUUCCUCAAGGACCUCCCGCUGGAUGUUGGCAGCAUCUCGGGAUACAGCGGGCGGAAGAAGAACAAGGAGAUCUUCUACAAGUUCAACUCCUACCUGACACCAGGAAUCAUCUACCACUGUGACCUGACUCAGGAGAUCCUGGAACCUAAAGUGUUCAGAGAAGUGGAGAUCAAAGGAUUUGACUUCUCCGAUUAUCAGACGGUUCAGGUUUUUUUCCCCAGUAAAGAUGGGACGAAAAUACCAAUGUUUAUUGUUCAUAAGAAAGGGAUAAAACAGGACGGUUCUCACCCAGUAUUCCUGCAUGGCUACGGAGGGUUCAACAUCUCUCUGAGUCCAUAUUACAACGUGGCAUAUCUGAUUUUCAUCAGGCACCUGGGUGGAAUUCUUGCCGUAGCUAAUUUGCGAGGAGGUGGAGAAUAUGGAGAAACCUGGCAUCAAGCUGGGAUUCUAGGUAACAAGCAGAAUGGAUUUGAUGAUUUCCAGAGUGCAGCUCAGUACCUGAUCCAGGAAGGAUUCACCUGCCGGGAGAAGCUCACCAUCAACGGAGGCUCAAAUGGAGGCCUGCUUGUUGCUACCUGUGUGAACCAGCAGCCUGACCUAUUUGGUUGCGCGGUCGUUGAAGUUGGUGUGAUGGACAUGCUCAAGUUUCACAAGUUUACCAUUGGCCACGCAUGGACCUCUGAUUACGGCUGCUCCGACAAGAAGGAGCAGUUCGAGUGGCUGAUAAAAUAUUCUCCACUCCAUAACAUCAAGGUGCCGGAGGGAGGUACCCAGUACCCAGCCAUGCUGUUGCUGACUGCUGAUCAUGACGACAGAGUGGUACCCCUUCACUCUCUGAAAUACAUUGCUACACUGCAGCAGACUGUGGGUCGCAGUCCCGGUCAGAAGAACCUCCUGCUGAUCCGUGUCGACACUAAAUCAGGGCAUGGGGCCGGGAAACCGACUCACAAGGUAAUCGAGGAAGAGUCAGACAUCCUCGCCUUCAUUGCUGAAACCUUGAAGCUCGACUGGCUGGACUGAGGAAGAUCCUGGGCAUGAUAAUUAAUCAAUUAAAUUGACAAGUAAUGAUAAUCAAAUAAAGGUUAUGUCCCUUUUCAUACCUCAAGUUUCCAUCUCCGCUGACUCUGUCUGAAGUAGGGGGCUUGUACCGAAAUGUCACCUGCUCCUUUUCUCCAGAGAUGCUGCCUGACGCGUUGAGUUUAGUUUAGAGAUACAGCGCGCAAACAGGCACUUAGGCUCACCGAGUCCGAACCGAUCAGCGAUUAGAUUCCCGCAUAUUAACGCAAUAGGGACAAUUUCCAUUUAUACCAAGCCAAUGAACCUACAAGCCUGUACGUCUUUGGAAUUUGGGAGGAAACCGAAGAUCUCGGAGAAAACCCACGCAGGUCAUGGGGAAAAUGUACAAACUGCCUACAGACAGCACCCAGUCAGGAUCAAAUCCGGGUCUCUGGCACUGUAAGGGAACAACCCUAUUUCUGUGCCAAUAUAUCACGCAGUAACUCCAGCAUUUUAGCCAAUCUUCAAUAAUUAAGACACUCUCGAUUUUACAAAGUCAAUGAGGCACUUACUUCUUUUGAUAAUUUUCCCUUUUGUGCUGGCUUUCAAUUCCCUCAGCAAGCUGGAAUCGUGUUGAUUACACAUCAGUGGCCGUAAGUCUUGAUGCUCUACUCAAUAUAGUGCCGACCUAUUGAGGCAGUUCAAACAAUGGCUUGCCCCAUGGGAAUCCCCUGCUUCACCAUAUUUAAUGUGGCAAUAAUGGGCUCAUUCGGCUUGUGGUAUCUCAAUCCUCCAAUUAUCUUUUCCCAUCCUACCAGCCCAUUGUUUUUCUACCCAUUUUCCUUCAAAGAAUAUCAUUUCAGAGAGGCUUUAGUAAAUAGGAUUUCAAUCCUUCUAAACUCCCAUUAGUUUUUCAUUCAAUGUUCACUUCUUGUUCAGAGUGUAUAAAAUAUUUUUAAAUGGUGUAGCCUCCAUUGCCUUCUAUCAAUUGUUGUCAUAUUCAGGUAUCGUGACCUAAUCAAUGCUGUAGGCCGAUUCCUCAUCCACUAUAUCUGCAGUACAUUGGUGAUGGUGAGAGGGGACCCAGGGAGGAGGAUUGGGGUCUGGAAAGUGUUGUGCAAGGAAGUGGUGGAGGUAGAUAUUCUCAUAACAUUUAAGAAGCAUCUGUACAUGUACUUGAAUUCUCAAGGCGUAAAAGGCUAUGGACGUAAUGUGGGUAAAUUAGUUUAGUGUAGAUUUGUACAAAUGACUGCUUGGGCAGAGUGGAUCAAAAGGCAGUAUGACUAGGUUGUGGCAUUCUCCUCCGUCUGGCUUAGGCCGAUGUUCAUAUCUCUCGGCACUUUUGAGGACAGAGCAGAACAUUUACCCGUAUUGCCCAACAUUUAUUCUCCCAACUCUAGUUUUAAUUACUCCAGUUCAUUUUACUCCAUAUUACAGACUUUCAGAUGACUUCCAUUAUUGUGAGGUGUGUUGUUGCAAAAGGCCUCAUUUGUAAAUAUCUGCUUUUUUUUUGCAGCAUUCACUAUUACAACUAAAGUGCAACAUUGCUCAUGAUUGUAAAAAUGAUGCAGAUUCAGAAAAAAUUGAGAAUCUUUGUGCAAUGCAUGAAAUGAAACAAAAUGUUGAAAGUCUGAAUGAAGCAGAGUGUGUAAUGAAAAUACAAAACCGGUUUCCCCAGCGACGGAAGAGUUGAAUAAUAUCAUGGAUCACAGGGCAAGAUGAUGAUAAAAGAGUAGAAGAGGUGAAAGCAAGUGAGGUGCAUUUUACCAUUUUGAGUUGUCUUGAUAAAUCCUAUGGCAUUUUUCAAGGUAGAGCAGGGGUCUGCACCCUUAGUUAACAUUAUCCUUCAACCAACACAGAUUAUCUGGCCGUUAUCCAUUUCUCUUUGUAGAAACGUAUUGUGCACAGUUUAGGCGACUAUCAACUCCAUAUAAACUUCAAAGGGGAACACACGAAUUGCUUUAGUGCAUUUUGGCAUUAUACAGUCAUGAAUGAUACUUAAGAAAUCAAGUCAAACGAUCAAUUUAAUGUGAUUGAGGGGUUUCAGAUUAAUGGGAUCCAUGUCACCUGUGUGUGUUUAUAACAAAAGAAUUAGAGAAAAAAAAAUACACAGUGACAAAAAUCAUAGACAAAACACUAUCCAUUUUAAUUCCAAUUUCCAUUUCAAGUCAAGUUAUGAAUCAAUUCUUGAAAAUGUGUUUGUUACAGUUCUGAAUUGUUCCCUGGCACUCAAUGGCCUUCAUACAGCCACCCCGAACAUUGAUUAUAACAGCAGCUACAAUCCACAGGGGCUGCAUUGCUUUGGUUACUAGCAGUAAAUAACACUACAUUCUCCCGUCAUUCCUUCCUGUACAAUCUCAAUUACAUCCUUUGGUAUAUCCAUCAAUCUGUAAACAGUGUCUUUAAAAAUGUGUUUCUUCAAAAAAAGGAAAACACAACAUAUAAAUAUCACAUUUUUAGGAGAUUAAGUAACAAAUUCUAAUCUAGGUUACCAUACUGUUACAUGUAAGACAAUCACUAAAAAAUGUGUUCACAUCUGUCUUAUUCACAGGCGCAACUAGAAAGAGACCUGGGCGAACCCCAUGGAAAUUGCAUAUUCCUCGUGCAAGUUCCACUCUUUAGUCACAGUAACGUAAGCUAUCCUGAGGUAGUUCUGUAUAGUUAUUUUACUUGAAAAGUGUA